UAGUCCCGACGGCAGUUGUUAUGGAGGGGCUGCGGCUGCUGCCGAGACGCGCGCAGGACUUCGGUUCGGCCGGCUACUGGGAGCGCUUCUUUCGCGAGCGAGGCGAACGCGCUUUCGAGUGGUAUGGCGAGUGGGAGGAGCUUCGCGAGCCCUUGGGGCGGUACCUGCGCCCGCGGGACUCGAUCCUUGUUGUUGGGUGUGGCAAUUCAGAACUGAGUGAGCAGCUCUACGAUGAAGGGUACCAAAGUAUCAUCAAUGUGGACAUCAGCGAAAGGGUCAUCAAGCAGAUGGGGGAACGCAGUGCUCACCUGCGGCCCAAGAUGAGCUACCUGGUCAUGGAUGUGCUGCAGAUGGAUUUCCCUGAUGGGCAUUUCCAGGUGGUUCUGGACAAAGGAACUCUGGAUGCUCUCCUGACUGAUGGAGAAGGGGCCGCUUUGGCCAGGGCUGAGCAAAUGUUUGCCGAAAUUGUCCGUGUCCUCCAGUUCGGAGGGCGUUACCUGUGUGUGUCCUUAGCCCAAGCGCAUGUCUUGAAGGCAGCCAUGGAAUAUUUCUCCAAGGAAGGCUGGAUGAUUCGAAUACACCAGGCCUCUGGGAAGGAAGCUGCUGCUUCCGAGGGCAAAUUUGUCCUGCCUGUAUUUGUCUACGUUAUGACAAAGAUCAAGAAAGUGCCCGGCUCAGCUUCUAGCAUUCUGGAGCUCUGUGCAGAUAAACAUGACAAGCCCAUCCGUUUCUCGGCUUUGGAGCAUCUGAUUGAGGCAGUGACAGAAAGGCAGCAUUAUGCCCUGUUACGCAGCCAGCUCAAUAAGAAUCCUGGCGUGGGGAAUGUCUGCCUGGAGCUCUGCUGUAAGGACACAGGCCAAGCACGCUACACCUUGCACGUGGUGCACUGCCCAACUCUGAAAUUGUCUCGGAACAAUCGCUUUGCCAUCUUCAUCAUUCCACAGGGUAGAGAAACUGAGUGGCUGUUUGGGACUGAGGAAGGACGAAAGCAAUUGGCUGUAAGUGCUGGGUUCCGACGCCUGGUAACUGUGGCCUUGCACCGAGAUCAGCACUAUGAAGGCAUGGGAGCCAUCCAGGCAGAGCUGUCAGAAAAGGUGAUGGAGCUAGCCCCGCCUGGUCUCCAGGCCCAGCAACAGGUUCCUUUUCUGUCAGUAGGCGGAGACAUCGGGGUCCGCACUAUUCAGCAUCGUGACGUGAGCUCCCUCAGCGGCGAGUAUGUCAUUGAGGAUGUAAAAGGAGAGGACGCCCGCUACUUCCGCCGUCUCGUCUUCCUCAGCAACAGGAACGUGGUGCAGUCGGAAGCACGGCUUUCAUCCAGAGCAUCUUGCAAAGGAAAUAAGAAGCCCAAAAAGAAGAAGAAAGCCACUUCCAGUGACCCUGUGAAGCCAGCUGCAGAGCCCACCAGUCUGUCCAUCGAUAAGAGCUACCUGUGCUGUGCCCAUCACAGAGCCAUGGUUGCAGGCCUGUGCCUGCUGAAGAACCCUGAACAACUCCCAGAGGCCCCGAUCCGUGUGCUGGUGAUUGGCCUGGGUGGUGGCAGCCUGCCCCUCUUCAUCCAUGACUACUUCUUGCAAUGCACUGUUGAUGUGGUGGAGAUUGACCCAGCCAUUUUGGAAGUGGCCACGCGCUGGUUUGGCUUCUCUACCGGAGACAGGCUCAAGGUCCAUAUUGCAGAUGGCUUAGUCUAUGUUUCCAGCCAAGCGGCAGAAGUGCCGUCCUCUUACGAUGCCAUCAUGUUCGAUGUAGACAGCAAGGACUCCGCCUUGGGAAUGAGCUGCCCACCCCCGGCCUUUGUGGAGAAGCCUUUCCUGCAAAAAGUGAGGGCCCUCCUGAAAACAGAAGGUAUCUUCAUUCUCAAUUUGGUGUGCCGAGAUGCCAGGCUCAGAGAUACUGUCCUGGCUGCCCUCAAAGAGACGUUCCCUUUGCUCUAUGUCCGGCGGAUCGAGGGGGAAGUGAAUGAGAUUCUCUUCUGUCAGCAGCAGUCCAGGCACAAACUACCUCCAGGGGAGCUCCGGGAGUCGGCCCAGAUCCUGGAGAAAGCCCUACGGCAACCUGGCUGUGCUUGGGACAGCACUUACAUCCUGGCAGACAUGUUGGAGGCAGUCCAGUUGGCAUGAGGGUGGAAAGCCAUCCUGUCCAGUACAGCACCUGGUGUUUGGCGAGAAGCAGCAGUCUGCUUCCGAGUAAGAAUUGGUUGUGCUCUCCCUGUUCUUGCAAAGUAAAGCCCUUCCUUGGAGGUGGUUCAGGAAGGCUGUAACGAUGAGAAGGAGGGUGCCACUCAAAGAAACAGCGAAGAACUUUUUGGGAGCGGCUUCUAGCAGAGCACUUGCCUGGAAAUUGAAGGGGAUACCUGGCAGGUCUCCAUCUCUCCAUGUACUCCUUGGUGGGGAAAUGAAAAGGGUAGUACCAGCUACGGGGAACAGCCCCCUUUGUUUUGAAAUAAACGUUCUGCUGUUGGAUGGCAGAUGAUGCAGUGUGAAGCAGUCUCUUUAACUAAUGUCUAAUAGAAUAUUAACUAUACAAAGGAGGGCCAUGGUACUUUUCUGUGUAAUGGACUCAGUGGACUGUGAGGUAGGGGGUCUUACGCUAUCAAGUACCAUGAUCCAAAUACUCCCAUUUUU